AUGAACGAAACACCCGUUCUCGUCAAGCAGAAGCGGCUUUCGACGCCCACCCCGGGCCAGCUGCUGGCUGCUCGGCAGCGUUCUGCCGAUGACUUUUUUGCUCACCUGGAGCCAGCAAAAGUUGUCGAAGCAUUAUCGCCGCCCGAUGGCGUUCUCAGGGGUUGCCUCGCAGAGGCUUCUGCGCUCGAGCGCGACUUCGCAAUGCGAACGGCCGUGGCAUCCCACAAGAUCUGGCAAUGGCUCAGCGAGCUGAACCAGUGGAAUUGGCCAAAACAAGCGGGGUCCGGGGGUUUCCUGGAGCCGAGCAAUACGCAAAGGAAGCUUUUCGCUCAGGCCCCGACCCCUGAAGAGACUGGAAGGAAGCAGUACAUGGGGAGCCUCCCCGCUGAAGAGGUGGAAAAAUACGAAACAAGAAUCAAUCAAAUCAACAGAGACAUGGAUGACCUGGAUCUCGAGGAGAUCAAAGGCCACGUCAUGAACGACCACAUCCUACCGCUGUCAAGGCCGGGUACCCCAAUGAACAUGGACCCUAGUCGGUCGAUGCUAUCGGCCUUGUCGAGCUAUCACAAAAUGGAGGACAUUUCCGUCCUCAUCACCGCCAUUGUCGUGCAGACCCUGCCCAACUUGGCAAAGUUGUCUCGGCUGCUGCAGCUGUGGCAUAUGCGCAUCAUCGUCCUCCGGCACGUCAAUCCCUUUCUGCAAGCCAUCCAAGAUGUGGAGGCGCUUCUUGGCGAGAAUUGGGAGGCCAUCUCCCAGUCUCACUGGGAGAUGGAGCGCCCAAGCCGAAAAGCCAUCGUCUUACCUGCUCGCACUCUGACAUCCAACGACUUUGAAGCUAAAAGGCAGUCACUUGCGCUCAAGGUUGCAGAGCCCGGCCGGACCCUGGAUUACAUGCUAGAUUGCUUGGAGGGCGCCCCGGACACUCUCCCAGACGAGUGGCUCACUCGUAUGGAAGACGUGGAACAGGGUUACGGAGAAUGGGUUUCCGCUUGCGAGCGAAAGAUGGCCGAAGCCAAGCUAGCAAAGUCAAAGCCGAAGCCCACCCCUCUCAGGAAGACCUCUUCGCUCUCGCCAUCUCCAACAAGGGCUCAUCAAUCCGCCAACAACAGAGAUGUGAGCCCAGCAAACAGUGGCAACAAGCUCUCGCCGCCAUUGUUACUGGUGCCUGGCACCGGCGAAUCAGAUCAUGGUUCAUAUCUAGACCCCAUUGCAGAGGAUGAAUUGUCCUCACCGGAGGACCAUUUCACACCGCCCGAGGAUCUUGCCAUGAUGGAGGCCAUCAGCGAAGAAGAUGAGCUGCCGUCGAGCGAGUUUAUCGAAGUGUCUGGAUCCCCCACUAUUCCCAAGAGUAGACUUCGCGAGGCGUUUUAUCCGGAAGAUGACAGCCCGCCAAGCUCUCCUCCAGAAUUGAACCGCCGCCUCCUUGAUAGCCCCAUGGUUAUAGAAACGCCCGAAGACGAUGAGUCAUUCUUACAAUCAACAUUCGAGGAUUCCUUCUUAGACGACUUUGAAGAUUCGUAUGUUCCCGAUGUGCCUGGCCCGCCUGCCCGCCGGGAAAGCGCCGGCGAGCAGCAGCUCCGACUGCAAAUUAGCCAGAUUAUUGAAAACAUACCAGCCAAGAUCAAGCUCACGAAUGGAACAUCAGGCAUCAACUUAAACCCACCUGAUCUUCAACUCCCUCGCCUAAGGAAGAAGCCGUCUAAGGAGCCGGUUAAACGGAGCACGUCUGGCAUGUCCACCCGAACUGCCACGCCCUCUUUUACUCUAUCUCCGGUCAAACAGAGGACGCGUCCCAAGGGUCACUAUCCGAUUAGGGUCUAUCAUCUCUCUAGAUCAGAUAACGAGGCCCCCAUCAAGCUGUUCAUCCGCUGUGUAGGAGAGCAAGGAGAACGAGUAAUGGUUCGCGUUGGUGGCGGGUGGGCUGACUUGUCCGAGUACCUGAAGGAAUACGCCAGCCAUCAUGGCCGCCGUUCCAACGGCAAAGAAUCGGUCAAGGUGGAGGUUCGCGACAUUCCUCGUGCCUCGAAUGGACCUUCCAAGGCCAGCCCUCCAAGCCGGCCACCUACCGCUACUGGUGAUCGCUCUUCUACCCCAGUGACGCCAGGUCAACCGGCGGAAGGUACUCCACCAUCUGAGGGCUCGGCCGUUUCGAGGCCUAGCUCCCGGCUAAGCUGGGCAGAGGAUGAGAGUUCUUUCUUGGGUCUAGCAGGGCCAAAAGCCAAGAAGAUAGAGAUGAGUGAAGAGAGUAAGGCUUGGGUUGAAAGCAUCAAAGAGAAGGUACUCAUGGCUAGUGGCCCGGAUAGAAAGCCAAAUGAGAAGAAGUUUGGCGAGAUUGGAAAGGCUGGUGGCACGAAGCGCGUGUUCAGGAGAGGCUGA